UAUAAAUACGUUUAGACCCUUGAGUUGCCUCUAAGCCAGCUCUCAUCAGCCAACACCACUUAUAUUAUAAAAGAAAUGGAGAAGAUGGCAGUAGCUGCACUGUUCAUAUCCAUGGUGGUUUCUGGUUCAUUGAUGCACACAGCCAUUGGAGCUGUGUAUAAGGUUGGCGAUACCGCUGGAUGGACCACUAUCGGCAACGUUAAUUACAAGCAGUGGGCUGCUACUAAAACCUUCCAACUUGGUGAUACCAUUGUUUUCUCGUACAACAAGCAGUUUCACAAUGUGAUGCAAGUCACCCAUGCCGAUUAUAGGUCCUGCAAUGCUUCGGCACCCAUCACCACCCACUCUACGGGCAAUGACACCAUCAUCAUCAAGACUUCCGGCCACCACUACUUCCUCUGUGCAGUCCCAGGCCAUUGCCAAGCCGGACAAAAGCUUGACAUUAACGUUCAACGAGUUUCUUCCACGUUGGCUCCGACUCCAUCUGAGUCGGGUUCAUCACCAUUAGCUUCUAUGUCAUCUCCAACAUCUUCUCCUACUAGUGCCACAGCAAGUAAGCCUAAUUCGAUAGGUAAAUCUAGUUCGUCGACUAUGUCCCUAGUUACACUGGGGUUGGCUAUUGCUGUUUUUGGUGGUAUUGUGUGAUUGUUUGAUCUCUCUCUCUCAUGGUGAACGAGAUUGGAGGGCACAACUUCUCGCAUUUGGUAUGGCAAGUUUGUGUUAAGAAUCUCAAUAAAUUUUUGACGAUUGUGGUGAUUUUAUGUAAUGGGGAUUAUCCUCUAUUUUUUAUUUGUAAUUGAUCAAACCCGCAGAAACAAUAACGAAGUUCAAGUUGUGCAAUGAACUUCAUUUACUUAGGCAAUUUGGUGUAGAAGAUAUAAACUUUUCU